AUGGUGUUAGAUAUGCUAAAGUUGCCGGAAGGGCUGCCCUCUUCAACUCAUGAAGUAAUCGUGCUGCUUGAGGAAGUCCAUAUGGUACUUGAAGAUAUCGAUACAGCCGCGCGGACGCAUGAGUAUAUUUCAUAUCAGCGUAUCAGUAAAGCAGAAGAGGUACGCGAACGUAUACAAUGCGCUAGUAUCGUCAUUGCACCUCAAGCAUUCAUCACAGCCGAAAGCUUGGGAGACGCGCCUCAUCUCAAAUGUGUGAUCACUCCAACUGCUGGCACAAACCACAUUGACGUAGAAGAGUGUCGUCGUCGUGGCAUCAAAGUGGCCAAAUGUCUUGGCUCGACGUCUUUAGCAGUCCCUGAGCAUGCACUGAGCUUGGUUAGUCGUAGACAAGGCAGCAUCACAUCCAACAUGCAAACCGCAAAUGGCCACCCACCAUAUUUCCUCGAACAAGAAGUCGCAGGAAUCGUUGGAUAUGGUACUAUUGGUAAGCGUCUUGAUGUUUUUUGUAAGGCGUUGGGAAUGAAAGUGCUUAUCGCCGAGCGCAAGGCCGACGGUCCAAGUCAGAGAAACCCGAACGACAUAAUAAAUGGGCCGGCCGGCUUCCGCACUCCCUUCGAUGAGGUUAUCAGAUCAGCUACUAUGCUCUUCAUUUGCUGUACCCUUGACGAAGCAUCGCGAAACAUGGUCGACGCGCCCGAGCUGAGCGCCAUGCAGCCCGAGGCAAUCAUCGUCAACAUCUCUGGCGUCGCAGUGGAUGUAUUCGAUAGAGAACCCGCGUCUACCGAGGAAGAUAGUGCAUUCUUAGCAGAGGAUACAUCGGGUUUGAAUCUUACCUUGUCCCCGCACAUGGCCUAUUAUUCUACAAAGAAGGCAAUGGUUAAAGAUCAUAUUAAAAAUUUCGUAUCUGGAAACCAUACUAACUUUGAAGUAUAAUGCUGCUUAAUUUGGCUAGAUCAAACUCCGUCCUUUUCACCUUCAUAGAAACUCUUCAUAGAAGUAUAAGAAUUUCUCAGGAGUUGACUAGCGACUUUCUUAUUGGGAUGGUUAGGGCUUAGCCUCGUAAAAUAAAACGUAUAAUUUAUUUUUAUCUUAGAAUACAUUACUUCCUAUUAUUAAUAAUUGAUGAGUUACAACUACGUAGACACCCUUUCGUAGUUCCACUAAUGACUUUGGGUGGUAGCCCGCCAUAUAGUUUGGGAAUGUGAUGCAUGAGAUCUUCGAACCGUAUGCGUUACUCUCGCCGACGCUGUUUCGGUCACGAGGGUAGAUGGC